UGGCUGACGGGGAUAAUCGGUCAACAAGAGGACCGGAGAGAGGCAGGAGGGCAUAGGGGCAGCAUGUUUACAGCUACUUACACUCAUAAUUAGCCUUUAGCUGUUGUAAACUACUUACUCGAUUUAUUUAUUUAUUUAUUUAUCUUCCUCCGGAGACACGAAGCUGGUUUCAAGGCUGAAAAUGUUGUUGUGCCGCUCAGGGAGGCAGCGGCUGGCUGCAGCGGCUCUGGAUCAGGCUUUCAAGUCAACUGGCUCGCCUCUUGUGCAAGUUAAAGCAAACAGACUGAGAGACGUGACUUUGACAUUACGCAGAGACAACACGUUUCAGCGACACCGGUGUUUCUGCGUGUCCGUCUGGGGCGUCGAUUCAACUCUUGUGCAACUGGGGAAGCAAUCGGACCCGCAACACGUCCAGAACUCAGACUGGUCGGCUGGUUUUGUAAGCACGGACUGGAGACACUUGGACCAGGUGGCUGCUAUAGCUGAGAGUCUCUCCCAAAGCGUGCAAAGUGACGGCGGCAAUUCACACAGUAUCAGGCGGCCGCUUGUUCACGUGAACAGGCGCUACGGCAAGGGAGGAGAGUCGGUGGGCAGUGUUUUGUUCACAGGUAAUGUUAGCUGGGGGGUUUUCAAUCGAUGCUGCUCCACCAGGACCAUGCAGACCAGAUCCUCCUCCACCGCCACGAAGAAGAGCGACGCCAGCGAGGGACAGGCGGCUGACAACAACAAAAGGGAGGAGCAGAAUUUAAAGGAGGCCUCUACUACAUCUUUAUCCGCCACAAAGGCCCCAGAGGAGCCAGAUGGAGGAAAACCCAACAAGACCCAGCAACUAAAGAAAGUCUUCAAGGAGUAUGGAGCUGUGGGAGUUUCAUUUCACAUCGGGAUCUCACUCAUGUCUUUAGGAAUGUUCUACCUCCUUAUAUCCAGUGGGAUCGAUAUGACGGCCUUGCUGUGCAAACUGGGCUUCAGCGAAGCAGUCGUUCGGUCUAAAAUGGCAGCAGGGACGAGCACAUUCGUCUUGGCUUACGCCAUCCACAAGCUCUUCGCUCCGGUUCGCAUCAGCAUCACUCUGGUGUCGGUGCCUCUCAUCGUGCGUUACUUCAGAAAGACUGGUCUCUUUAAACCGCCCACACCUGCCCCCUGAUGACCCUCUACUCCUCUGCUUCCUCAUUAAGCAACAAACAUCCUGACUGUUAUUGGCCAUAAUUAAACCGCCUGUAUAUAUUCUUACUCAUUUGCCUUCAUCUUGAAAUGCGUAAUCUUUCCUCAGCUGUUGUUGUAUAGGCAGGUGAAGAAUUUCCUAUAUUUGUCCCAGUUGCAACAGAAUGAAAAUUUAAAUUGUGUUACUGUAGGAUUAAAAGUGUGAAACAGCGCUCCACAAAAUAAGUGUAUAUAAAUUCAUGCCUUAAUGUGUACAUUCCAAAAACAAAGCUGGGUUUGUUUGUCAAUACUUAUUUACAAUCAAAAGUAUGAUCAGGGAUUAUAAGUUUUAUUUCUGUGCUCUUUCAGUAGGCAGAUUUCUCUCAAUGCUGUGAAGGUUCCCCGUGGGGGAAGAAGUGGAAAAAGCUGAUCUCUCCUCCAUUGUUCCCUGUUAGCUGACUAGGCCAUGUUCUGGUGUUAUAUGAAUCAGCAGAAUAAUUCAGGUUCCCUCUGUCUCCUACUCCUCCUUGCAUCCUUUCUCUCCUUACUUAGCUCAGGCUCUCUCUACGGUCUGUUUUUAUUUUCUGCUGUAUAGCUUCCCUCCUAUAUUUCUUCUAAGCAUCUCUCCUGGAAUCCAUUUUCUUCCCCUUAUAUCCCUUUGCUUUACCAUCCUUUUUUCUAUCCUCCUUGUUAUUUAAUUUAGCAAAUGCCAACGUCCAAGCAGUAAUUUCAAGAACAUUAAUCUCAAAUUAGUGAAGCUGAUUAUAGUUCAUUGCAAGCUUUGAAGAAUGUAGGUUUGUGAGUUUUUUCCUGAUUGAAUGGACUAUUUAACUAAUAAAAGGGAUGCUCUCUUUUA